UCCCUCAUCCUCAACGCCUCAUCAACAUGGUUAGUUGAACUUCAACGACAUACGGCGACGCUAUGGCGACGUCGACACCAUCCUCUCCUAUCAACCCACCUCACUCUGCUCUGUUAUCUCGUGCUCGCACGAUGGCAGGCUGAGCAAGUCGAGCGAGCUUUGGCCAACUGGUUGCCGCUCGCACAUCCCCGUCGAGGACGUCGAGCUGCAUCUGCUGCACUCGCUCUGAUGACACGGACGAUGACCAAUGGGGAGCUCUCGUUGCGAUUCUCUCACUGCCCAGCAGUUGACGUCCUUCGAUCUCGUUUAGGGCUCCGAGGCUUGUGUCGUCGUCGUCUCUACGUCGUCGUCCGCUCUCGUCCCAAUGACCCACCGUGCUGACAUAGCCAUUCUCCUUUCUCCCCUCCCUUCUUCUGCACAGCCCAAGGCCACCACCACCAAGAAGGCAGCCCCCGCCCCUUACUCUAAGGGUGGCAAGAACGCCGCUAAGGCUCCCAAGGACGCCCGCUUCGAGAAGCGCUCGCGCAACUUCGGCAUUGGCCAGGACAUCCAGCCCCCUCGUGACCUGACUCGCUUCGUCAAGUGGCCCGAAUACGUCCGCCUCCAGCGCCAGAAGGUCAUCCUCAACCAGCGCCUCAAGGUCCCGCCUGCUAUCGCCCAGUUCUCCCACACCGUCGACAAGAACACUGCCACCAACCUGUUCAAGCUCCUCAACAAGUACAGGCCCGAGUCCCGCCAGGAGAAGAAGGCACGUCUCGACGCUGCCGCCAAGGAGGUCGCCGACGGCAAGAAGGCCGACGCCAAGGCUGGCCCCAAGCCCAUCCACGCCAAGUACGGUCUCAACCACGUCACUGCCCUCAUCGAGGCCAAGAAGGCAAAGUUCGUUGCCAUCGCCGACGACGUUGACCCGAUUGAGCUCGUCGUCUUCCUCCCCGCUCUCUGCACCAAGAUGGGCGUCCCCUACGUCAUCGUCAAGGGCGGCAAGUCCCGCAUGGGCACCGUCGCCCACAAGAAGACGUGCGCCGUCAUGGCCAUCACCGAGGUCAAGUCCGAGGACGAGCGCGACCUCGCUGCCCUCGUCUCGAGCGCAAAGGCAAACUACCUCGACAAGGCUUCCGAGCUCAGGAGGUCGUGGGGUGGAGGUGUCCGCGGUGGCAAGUCGACUGUCAAGAUGGAGAAGAAGGCAAAGCAGGCCGGUACCACCGUCGCUGCUAUCACCGCUCAGUAAGCGCAGCGCGUUUAGCGACUUCUCUCUGCUUCUUUGUAUCACCACAGUCGGCGAGAGAGAGCGUAACCCGCUCCUCUUCCACACCGUCAAUGACACGCAUCCAUUUUCACGUCAUUCGCUGCC